CAUCACUCACCUUUUCAAUUGUGUAGUCUGCAUACAGAAUUUUUGUGCUAUGUCCAGCGAAUCAGACCGUUCGAGGAGACGGGCAGCGUGUGAUGAAUGCCGUUUUCGAAAAGUGAAAUGUUCAGGGUCUGAACCGUGUGUUAACUGCCAAAACGAUCAAUGUCCUUGCAUUUACUCGAGUCCCAAACCACCAGGCCGGCCGCGAAAGAGGACCCGGACAACGGGUGAGGCUUGUUUUCCAACCGAGGAUACCCCUUCUGCUUCAACCGCAACGCCCUUCGAUUAUAGUGAAUUAUAUGGGCAAGAUUCAUUCUUGGACAUCGCAACAGACUACCUACCGGAAGUUCAGUCAAACAUACCACCGCCGCCGAACACGGCCAUCUUUCCACACGUGACAAUACCUGUCACAACACCAUGCACUUGUCUUUCACUGGCAUAUUUGACGAUAACUCGGAUUCAAUUCCCUAGUCCAACACUUAAUGAUCUAUCGUCAUCUCUGGCCGACCUCCACUCAGCACUUAUCUCUGCCCUCACUAUCCUAAGAUGCACCCAAUGCCCCAGGCAGAUGGCGACCGCGAUGCAGAACCUCUACCAGCUUUCAACACUUCUCCACAGCAUAGUAGGUCGAAUCCAGACCAUACUCGUGCACGUCGACGCGUCCGCAAACCCACGGGCCUCAUCACCGCAUGCCCAAGCCCCAGAACAACCCAACCACCGUGACCAACAACAUCAGUCACAGCCCUCACCAUUCCCACCCCCUCCCUCUCCUUCAAUCCUCUUUCCAGGCCACGACACCACCACGAUGACGCGCCACCAAUUCCGCGUCUUCUUCCGCAAGUUCCUCCGAGACACGGUGCUCGGUCCGCCCACAGACACUGGUGACACGACGCUGAUGGGAAUCAUGCACCAGUUCGAGAAGCGGCAGGAGCGGUGGCACGAGGACCCGCACAUGUACGAGGAGCAGGCGAAGAUGUUCGGGAAGAGGACGGCAACGGUUAACGCGCACGACUGCCAGAGUAGGGUCUGCUAUGUGCUUAUUGAGAGGAUCAAGGUGGCGAUUAAUGAGUUGGAUCUGUGAAGGGGGUUGGGGGGAUUGAUUAGUGCAAAAUAUCGAUGUCAGGGCUGGAAAAAGGGGU